GCCUGUAAAUGGCGCUUCCCCGGGGGAGGUUAUCCUCCCCGCCCCUAACCAUGGCACAGAAGACAGAAAACUACGAUCCUAUUGGAUCCAUCUUAAUCCAGGUCCAUGAAGAUCUUUACCAAUUAAAGGAAAAAUUAACAAAAUUCCCACUUGAGGGAAAAGGAGAGACUCCAGACAUUCAGAAUCUUGAAACAGCGAUUGAGAGGACUGAAAUGGGGUUAAAAAUUCACAUUGAGAAGUAUUUAAGUGUUGUAAACCAACACGUGUUAACGACUCCUGUUACUGAUGAGAGCUUAGCUUCUCCUCGGGCAUCCAAAUGGUUGCUUCCGACUGUAGUUGAUCAGAAAUCAUUUAUUUUCCCUCUGGAUUCUGAGGAUAAAUUUUGGCAGUCCCAAAAAAAGCGCAGUUCAAUUCCACACACCUUUCCAAGAGUAAAGCGAAAGAUAGGGUUGAAUGUAAAAAUCAUGCAGGAUCCUGAAAACAUCCACCACAGAGCUGCUGUAAAUGCGAACUAUGGGAUCAGUUUGCCAUAUAUUAAUCAGAGAAAAGCAUGUGGAUUUUGAAUAUGAUGGAACGAGGACUGAUUCCAUCAACAGCAAGAGUUACGUUUCAGAACCCACCCAUUACAUCCAGAGCAGCACCUCUGCAGAGCUUUGAGGAAGCACGUAAGAUUCCAAAUGCAG